AUGAUAUAUAUUAUUUUAUAUCUAAUCUCUGUAAAAGCAUAAAUCACAUUUGAUUCAGGAUUAUAUGUUGUUUUUUCAGAAUCUCAAAAUUGUCAAUAGACUGAAUAAUAGUAAUGCAAUAUUUAAAUCUAUAAAGAGCUAUUAUAUAAUUUAAUGGAGAAUUUAAUGUUGCUCCUUAAGUAUUUAUAGGGUUAGAACAUUUCAAUUUUGAUAUUGGAACUGAUUAUAGACUUUAAAUAACAACAAUUACAACAACUAGUAUAUUAUAUUAUUAUUAAAUAUAGAUUUUUAAGUAAUCACAGAGUGUCCAAAUACUUAAAUAGUAUCUGAAAUUUAAUUCUAUUGGUAUGCUAUAAACGACUAAAGAAUUUAAGUUAUAAAUAACUUUAAUAUGUUGUCUCCUUAAAAUAAAACAUUUAAUCAUGAAAAUGUAAAUGCAAUAUCUGGAAUAUUAUCUAUUACAAGUUUGGGAAUAGAAGGAAAUGUAGAUUUUUAACUAGUUGUAAUUUAUCUAAAUUUAAUUCGAAGUUUUCAUAUAUUAAUUAAACUUAAGUGGCUGUCAAUAUUACAAAUGUUGCAAAUAAUUUUAUAAACUUAAAAUAAAUUGGAUACUAAAUCAUUUUAGGAACUGAUGAAGCAAUCUAAAUUCCUUUAACUUAACAUCUUACAAGUAAUUACACUAGUGGAAUAUUAACAUAAUAGCCAAAUAGAUGGUUAUACUUAAGUUUUGUUGGAUUUAAUAUGGCAAGUAAUGUAAAAUAAAAAGUAUAAAGAACGUCUGUUAGUGUAUCAUAUACAGUAGAGACAUGUAAUUAGAAUCUUAUAAAAUUAUAGUUGAUCUAGCAUCUUUUGUUGCUUGUUAUCAUUAUCGAUCAUGGUUAGCUUAUAAAUUUACAAAAGUGUAUAAAGCUUUUGAAAGUUAGGGUAUUAGAUUUUCUUAAACUUAUGAUAAGGAAGUUUCUACCUAACCUUAAUUUUAAAUAGAUAUAACUGAACUACCUCUUUCGCUCUCUCUUAAUUCAGAAACAUAGAAAAUACUAAAUACCACUACAAAUUAAUUAAAUUUCAAAAUUGUUGUGAGAUGCACUUAAUCAAAAAAAAUUGUUAGUUAAUUCUUAAAAUGCCAAGAUUGUCCAUCUAAUAAAUAUUAUAAAUUUACUCAUUAUUGUCAUGGAUAGAUUGAUUAAGUCAUUUAUUAUACAAAAUAUGUAACUUCCUUAUCAGUUUAUAAGGAAUUAACUUUUAACUUAGCUACUGAUAUUUUUACUAUUAAAUAAAUACUUUACAAUCAAAUAAAAAUAACCUAAAUAAUUUUAGAUAUUUCAAUAGUGAAUUAAUGA